AUGAACGCCGAUCGAUUCGUGAGCCGUCUGACCGAUGAGUCGACCGUCAACACAAUGCAGCGGCAUUAUUGGACGGCCAGGCAAUUCAUACGAACCAAAUUAGGGAAGAAGGAGGACGCUUACCUUGAAGCCAGCGAUGGCGAACUCGACACAUGCUUGAACCUCUAUCGAUCCGUUCAUUCGACAUCGAUUCAAAUGCUCAAUUGUGUUGAUAGUUACACGAACGCUUUGCUAGACGAGACCCUUGUGCAAAAUGUGCUAGGCAAAUAUCUCAAAGAGAAGGGUAAGACCGACAAGAACGAGGCGAUCGGGAAGACGUUGAUCGCCGUCGGACGCGCGCUGCUGUUCUCGAGCCAUCGGCUGAACGCCGUCCGCAUUCGGAUAUCAACAUUCUACAACAAACUCGGCGUGUUCGUCGAGCGCGCCAUCGGCGAUUGCUCGCAGACCGUCGAAGCGGUCCAAAUGGUGCGCACCGAGUAUCGCGGCAGUCUGUUGUGGAUGAAGAAGACGAGCGAAGAGCUCGAUCCCGACGUCGAUGGUACGUUGGAGAAGUUUCGCGAGGCGCAAGCCACCGUCAAAACCAACAAGGAGCGAUUGGAUCGUUUGAAGACCGACACAUUGCAAAAGGUCGACUUGUUGUCAGCUUCAAGGUCCAACCUAUUAUCAUAUGUGCUGACGCAUUAUCAGAAUGAGCUAUACGAGUAUUACGAAAAAACCGCCAAGGCUUAUGAAGCGCUGUCGGAGAACAUCUCAUGCUACAACAACUACGAGUUCGAGGUUUUGAGUCAUCUGGCCACUGGCACCAAACCUCAAAAGGCGGAGGUGAGUCCGAAGAAGCGUUCAACCGGCGAGCCGCCACAACUCAAAGACCUUCUGUUUGGUCGCGAGAGUCCGAUGCUGUUCGACGAGUCCGAGCGUCUAAUUGAGAGUCCGACUUGCGACAGCCCGCUCAUCGAAGAGGAGGUGCCUCAAUCGUCGCCAAAACUACUAUUGGAUUUGUCGAAUGAGAUUCCCAUCGGACCAUUGGAGCCGCUCUACGAAGAGGUCGGCGAGAUACCGACGAUAGCGCCGCCGACAACCUUCGAUCUCCAUCCAACGACGAGCCGAACCAAUUGGGAGCAAUUGAUGAGCAACAUCGACAUGCAGAAUGAGGAUAAUUUAUUAUGA